ACAAAGUCACAGCUGGACACUACGCGCUGAGGCCAGUAGACGGGCUAGUGUUACUCCUAAAACACAUAAACGCAAAAACUGGAACCGUUUUAAAUUCCUCCAGUAUAAAAAAGGGAACUAAGCUUGCACGUAUAAAAGAGAGCUCUAAGAGGAACGGCAACAUGUUCUCUUGGGUAAAUAAGGAGCAGGGUGGAAGGAACAAGGAGGGCGACAUGUUUCAAACCGUGACUGAAGGACUUUUGAGUCUUUAUGCUAAGAAACUGCUGCCUUUGGAGGAGACCUACCUCUUCCAUGACUUCCACUCACCGGCGCUGGAGCAGGCAGACUUCCAGAGCAAGCCCAUGGUCCUCCUGGUGGGACAGUAUUCCACAGGGAAGACCACUUUUAUAAGGUAUCUUCUGGAGCAGGAUUUUCCAGGGAUGCGAAUUGGCCCUGAACCAACGACAGAUGGAUUCAUAGCUGUGAUGUACAAUGAGAAUGAGGGGGUUGUUCCGGGAAAUGCCUUGGUUGUGGACCCCAAGAAACCUUUCCGCAAGCUCAAUGCAUUCGGAAACGCCUUCUUAAACAGGUUCAUCUGCUCUCAAAUGCCCAACCAAGUUCUGCAGAGCAUUAGCAUCAUUGACACACCGGGGAUCUUGUCUGGCGAGAAGCAGCGCAUAAGCAGAGGCUAUGAUUUCUCUGAGGUUCUGCGUUGGUUUGGAGAGCGAGUGGACCGUAUCAUUCUUCUCUUUGACGCCCAUAAACUGGACAUAUCUGAUGAGUUUUCUGAAGCGAUCAAAGCUUUCCGUGGGCAGGAUGACAAAAUCCGCGUGGUAUUGAACAAGGCCGACCAAGUGGACACUCAGCAGCUGAUGCGUGUUUAUGGUGCACUGAUGUGGUCGCUGGGGAAGGUGAUCAAUACUCCAGAGGUGGUGAGGGUCUAUCUCGGCUCUUUUUGGGCCAAACCUCUUCAAAAUGCAGAAAAUCGCCGUCUGUUUGAAGCUGAAACACAAGAUCUCUUCAGAGACAUCCAGGGUUUGCCUCGCAACGCUGCCCUGCGUAAGCUGAAUGACCUCAUCAAAAGAGCUCGUCUUGCUAAGGUGCAUGCUUAUAUCAUCAGCUACUUAAAGAAAGAAAUGCCCUCCUUGUUUGGGAAAGAGAAGAAAAAGGAGGAGCUGAUUGCCCACCUGCCUGAGAUCUAUCAGAUACUGCAGAGGGAGCACCACAUCUCACCUGGAGAUUUCCCUAAUGUCAUUAAAAUGCAGGAGCAACUGCAACACUACGACUUCAGCAAGUUCCCCUCUUUGAAAUUGAAGUUGAUUGAAUCUGUGGACAGAAUGUUGUCCACCAAGAUCUCAAGCCUGAUGAACAUGAUCCGAGAGGAAGAAAGCAAACAGCCGUCUCAGAUGGUUAUGGGUGGAGCCUUUGAAGACUCUACCGACGGGCCUUUUGGCCAUGGCUACGGUGAGGGUAUCAGUGCAGGGGCUGAUACGGAGGACUGGAUCGUAAGUCGUGACAAACAUCGCUACGAUGAAAUCUUCUACACAUUGAUGCCUGUCAAUGGGAAGGUAACUGGCAUCAAUGCCAAGAAGGAGAUGAUGAGUUCUCGCCUGCCCAACACCGUACUGGGAAAGAUCUGGAAGCUGGCAGACUGUGAUAAGGACGGGAUGCUGGAUGAUGAAGAAUUUGCUCUCGCUCAGCACCUUAUUAGGGUCAAACUUGAGGGAUUUGAGCUCCCUGCAGAGCUACCAAAUCACCUAGUGCCUCCGUCUCACAGGAAGGACCCCACCGCAGACAUCUUGUACAACCACCAGGAGGAUUGAGCACCUUCAUGUAUUCUCAUCAGCCAGCUGCGUGC